AUGGCAAGAGUAUUGAAGAGUAUGAACAUAGUUGACUCGCCUGACUCUACCGUUCAUGAAGCUGUUCCAGACAGUGUUUCUGUUAAACCGGAGCCUCAGAAUUCUGAUGAUGUUGAAUGUGUUACAAAGGGGGUACAAAUUGAAUCACCCACCGAAACACCGAAAGUCAAUAAGCGAAAACGACCACGACCAGACUAUAUGCGGCAUAUCAAAUCUCCAUUUUCUUACGUCGAGAUGAUUACCUUUGCCAUCGUGUCGAAUCCCAAUACCAUGAUGACGCUACAGAACAUUACAAAUUUCAUGCCGAAAGCUUUUUGUUGCCUUCGUGGGGGUUACGAAGGAUGGAAGAACAGUGUGCGUCAUACUUUGAGUAUCAACGAUUGUUUCAAAAAAGUUCUGCGUCGUCCAGAUAGGCCUUCAGGAAAAGACAACUUUUGGAUUAUGAAUGUAGAUUGUAAACAUUGUAGGUCGUCAGGAAUGGAAAAAGAUUGGACGGACUUAAAAUUACGUUAUCAGCAAUAUGUACAGGAAUUUAUGGUUGAUUCAUCAGGCGUACAACUUAAAUCUCCACCCAAUGUAAGAUUUGACAACAAUCAAAAGACAAGAUCACCUCAAGCUGCAGUGAGUCCCGUGAGUUUUGUUUAUCAUCAAGUUGAAUACCCACGUCAUAUGUUAAUGCCAGUCACAUAUGAGAACUCUGUGCAUGCGACGAACCAAUCAAACAUUCAGUCAGUCUCGUAUCCAAUGGAUCUUUCUACUAAAUCACAUGGCAGUCGAAAACGACAAUCUUUGGAUGAUGAACCACUUGAUCUAAGC